GGCAGCGGCUCGGCGGGCGGCAGCGGCGCGCGCCUGUCCGAGAUGGCGCUCGUGCCGUCCGACAAGCGCCUCACAGCCUCACCGCGCAGCCCGAGCCGCCGCCGGGCGCACUUCGCCAUAGGACCGCAGCGCUCCGGGUCGACGUCGUCGCUGGUGAAGGCGGCCCUCUACCAGUCCAUGCACGGACGGUCGCAGUCUCUGCCCUUCAUACAGAGGCCCGCCCAGCGCGCCGCCAACAAGGAGAUCAACCGACUGCGAGUGGACGCGUUGACGACUAUUCUGUCCGGAUUGUACGCCAAGCUGCUCGUGGUGCUUGGCGUCGCAUUUCCUAUGGCCGAGACUAUAUCGGCGCAUGUUCCUGCUUCCUUCUACGAGGGCUUCUACGUGUUCCUGUACGCGGGCAGCAUGCUGUUCCUGCUGCUGCUGUACUGCUGCCUGCUCAAGGAGCGGGCCCUGGACUCGGUGGUGCAGAACCACCAGGCCGAGAGCGGCGGCCGCCGCCGCAAGAUCUCCGCCACGGCGUCGGCGCCGCGCUCCCGCUACGGCAGCUUCUACCUGCGCAUGGGCGCCGUCGCUUUCGGCAUCGGUAGCAUGAUAUAUUCUGGGCUGGAGUUUGGCCAGUUCUUCGAGUUGGAGAAGAACCCCAAAUGCUACAACGUCAUGCUGUCUGUGACGCCCAUCGCCCGGAUGAUCUUCAUCAUCAUGCAGAUGCAGUUCAUAUUCCUCAGCAACAAGCAACUUAAAGUUCGCACCUACCACGUGCCCAUGAGGUUCGGCCUGAUGCACAUGAUUGCAUGCAACGUCUGCGUCUGGCUCAACGUCCUCAUUCAGGAGACCAAGCACGAGAUCAUCGCACUCUACUCGACGAGUUCAGAGUUGAACUCAGUUGGAGGAGAGAUCAACGCCACAAUCACAACGACGGAGGCGUCUCCAGCUGCGCUGAACAUCACGACACAAAAUACAACCCUUCUGAAUGCGACACAUUCGAAUGUCGGGAGCGAAUUCGGGCGACUGAAGGGUCUUCAAGACCUGCGCGAGUGCCGGCGUUCCAACAUUAUGGGCUCGCUGGUGCAGAAUGCGUCGCCCUUUCUGUUCCCCUGCACCAUCGAGUACUCCCUCAUCUGCGCCGUCAUCCUCUACGCCAUGUGGAAGGACGUCAACGCCUACUCCAGGGGCCGACAGAGCUACUCUGGUGCCUACGGCAACAAGAUCAGCACUACCAAGGCGCCGUCGGCGCUGCAGCCGGCGCUGUACCCCGGCGGGCAGUCGGGCCAGCAGAUCUCGGUGGACUGCGCGAGCGCGCACAAGGGCCUGUUCGCCGGCGUGCUGGUGCUCGUGCUCACCAUCCUGUCGCUCAUCCUGUUCUGCGUGCUGAGCCGCGACCGCGCGCUGCUCCAGAUCAACGCCUGCGAGCUCACGCUCUACUCGGCCGCCGUCAUCGCCACGCUGCUCAGCAUGUGGCGCAUGCGCCACCUGGAAUACGACACGUGCCGGCGCUUCGAGCUGGACAACAUGCUGCUGGUGACGGCGCAGACGGGCCUGUACGUGUACACGCUCUUCUCCAUCAUCGCGGGCUACUUCUCGGCCGGCACGGGCGCUGACGCGGCGCCCGGCGUGGUGGUGAUGUCGGUGAGCGCGCUGCUGCAGACCACGCUGCAGACGGUGUUCAUCCUGGACGCGUGGUGGCGGCGGUGCGGCAACCCCGCGCAGGCUCGCGCCAAGCCCGGCCGCCAGCUCGUCACCUUCCUGCUGGUGACCAACAUGGCGCUCUGGGCCGUGUCGCGCCUCCAGAACUCGCGCGCCGACUUCCACCCCGUCGAGCUGCGCUUCUACGGCUUCUGGGUGUGGACCAUCAUCACGCACGUCGCCAUGCCACUGGCCGUCUUCUACCGCUUCCAUUCUACCGUCUGCCUCUGCGAGAUCUGGAAGAGCGCCUACAAGAUGAGGCUGCCAGUCAGAAAGUAAUGGCAGCGCCGGACUCGGCUCGGUCCUCGUCAUCGUUUGAUCUGCCUCGGGUAUUUGGUCCUGGAGGUGGUACACCAUGGUGCAACGAAGAGAAAACCGGAUCUAAUGGUCCUAAAAGAACGAAGCCUUGAAUUAGGUUUUUGAUUGUUCAUAUCAGCCAUUAUUGUUUUGUGAUCCUGAGUCUGAAGACUGCCAGGGUGCAGUUUCCACACUAGUCUACCCUGUAAUAACCUCUUCAUCUCUACAUAACUAUUAUAACGUACAUCGAUUUGCACCUGCUUACUGCAUUCAAGCCUUGGUCUAACUCUGUAAUUUUUACCGUCCACACUUCCUUCCAUUGCCAAAUUAUCAUGUCCUUAAUAUCUCAGACUGUGCCCUAUCAACUAAAGCAUUCUUUUAAUAAACUUCUUACACCCAAAAUUUCCUUGCAGCACAUCUCAGUUCUGUGCCUGCUCAGACAUAUCACCUCAGUUUAUAAGUGAGAUGUAUUCCGAAUUCAGUAUUAAUGGUUCUGAACGAUAAAAAAGUUUCGAAAUUUGAUGUGCAGUGUAGGCUGCUCGUAUUGUAGGCGUUUAGUCUAAAUUUAAAGUCGUUUAAGUACCCAUUUACGAUAAUAUAUUAACGAUGAAAUAUUAGUUCGAACAUAAUCUCAAAUUCACAGUAUGAGCUUCAAUUAAGAAAUCAUAAAUAUAUGCUUGAGUUAAAAACAGAUUCGUAGUCGUGCGACGUCCAUGGACAGAUUCACACUUGUACCAGUUAACUUCCAUUGUACACUAAACGAAAUUCCCAUCUGAACUGUCUCGGCUUCCGUUUGCUACAACCCGACGUUUGCCAUGCAAAACUUCUUCGAAAUAAUGUUUACGAAGUAUUCUAAUGGUACAUAUUGGUGCUCUUUCAUAACGGUGGAAUCUGAAACAUCAAUCGAUCGUGGUAUCGCUAUCAAACAACAUGCUAAGUCGAGUUAAAAUUUUGGUCCCAUGCUUCGAAUGUAUUUGUAUGAUAAAGCAGAAUACGCAAAAAGCAUACACUAGUUUGAAAAAGAUGCUGUGUGGAAUUUCAUGAGAGAUAAUUCAAAGAAGCGACGUACAAUGAAAAGAAUGUUCUAAGAGAGAAGUGUAUUCUAAUUUCACGGAAAUAAUAGUUAUGCAAAAUAAUUUGUAACUGCCACAUUUCUACUUUAGUUUUCAGUACGAAUGUUUCACAGUUUAACUGCAGUUCUUAUGGAGUGCGGUACGAAAUAGUGUUUAUAGAGUCUGAAUUUUGCGUUAACAAGACAAAUCUGUUUGCAUGACAUGCAUGCAUACAACUGAUAUGCAUAUUAAGUCAUUAUAACAAAAUUAUCAGCACACUUAUUAGUUGUUAGGUGACAUGUUCUGAUACUGUCAUAUCACACAAAUGGUUAAAGGGAUUUCGCGGAUAGUUCUAAGGAUGAUACCUCCUUGUGAAACGGAAUACUUCCUUUCAGGAAAAUGUUACAACAAUUAUGUUACUUUGGAUUCAUUUAUUUGUAAGUAUUUACAAUCAUUUAAUCGUCAAUGGAAGCUAAAGACAUAGAUCAGUCGUAAGUACAAAAUGAAACUGUCAUUGCGACUCUAUUAUCACAGUUUCUAUACCACUAUAGGUUUUGACACUUCCUCAGUACAUGUGUCAUAGUAAUUAUCUACUUCUCAUAUCAGACAUCAUCCUUAAUUCUUUUAUGCUUCAAAUGUGAUACUAAUUUACAUUACAUUUGUUUCAAAGCUGUGCGGACGGACAUUUUGCUGUUGACUAUAAUAAAUACGACUGCUUGCAGAAGAAAAAACACAACAUUCCCUCCCACGUAACUGCUAAACUAAUUCCAUUAUGUAGUUGAUAAUUUCUACUUCUUUUGCACAUAAAUAAACCUAUAGCCUAUAAAGCGAUACUGUCAAAGGAGUAAUUUUUACUACGUUUCUUAACUUCCAACUGCAAUUACCGUUAGUUUUCGAUCUUUCUUCUGUUGUACAGAUUAACAGAAAAUAAAGUCCUCAUAAUUCCAAAUGGAAGGCAACAACUUUGCGGCACGGGUCCAAGUUUCGACUGAUAACAGUAAGAAAUAUUAAUUUCGUACUAUUGCUCUCAGUUGUGCCGUGGCAAUGUUGGAAAGGAAAACAGACUUGUUUGAGUUUAACGUCUCUGUUAUUAGAGACGGAGCAGUAAUUAAAUUGUAAAGGAAUGGGAUAAUGAAUCGGCUGUGAAGUAUCUAUUACAGUAUUCAUGAGAAAUAGUUUAGGACAUCUACGAGGAAAUCAAAUCAGACCAGCUGCUCAAGGAUAAAAGGUUAUUUGCACGACCACUGUAUCACACCAAUGGCGACGCUAAAUGUAAUAUUUGACGAACACGGUUAAUUCAAUGAGCUGUUAAGAAUACAGCAUAUUUUUUUAAACGUGUGGCAUAAUGAGUCUAUUUCGACAGAUAACUGCAAAAUUGAACAAGAUCAGUAUAAUAAUAAUAAUUUUUAAUAAUUAAAUAAAUAAUUAAUUAAAAAGAAGUUUACUAAAUGAAAAGUAAAAUUAUCCUAAAUAUUUCACAAACACACACACACACGCCACUUUCUUAGUCUCUAUAACAAAAAUUAUUUUUUGAUCAAAAAUUCACACGAUAUUAUCGACUAUGUAAAAAAAAUCACUUCACUCCUUACUUAAUUCUACUCUUUUUUACCUUUUUUAUUGUUUGAAGUGAAGGUCGAUAGCCUCGUGGCGUGCUGAGAAACGUUUAAUUUGGGUUUCUAUAAUCUCAGCGAAAUUACUGUCUUCUCGCCUCGCGAGAAAAUUCAGAAUAGUUUAAUUUAACAACAUAAGAAAAAAUGUAGUAAAGCAAAAUCUGUAUCAUUUAUAAAUUGGGGAUUGAUGAUGGUUACUAUGAAAUGAAAGCAGAAAUGCCAAAUUAAACAAUUAUUAUUUAACGAAAGAAGCUUUUUAUACAGACGUCUGACAUCUCGUGCAUUAAUCUCACAGUUCUUGAAAUAACAAAGAAUUUUUGCCGUAUUCCGGCGAAAUACGUAAAAAUUACAAUAAUCUUAGCCCGACUCUGGAGCGAAAGAAAACAGUAUUCAUAGUUAAGUCAUAUCAGUAAUAGCAAUUGGCGAUAAUAAUGGCACAAUUAAAUAAACUAACAGGAAUACAAUUUCAGUUCAUUUGAACAAAAUGGAAGGAAAUAAGGAUCUGAUAGAGUAAGAUGCUCCCGGAAAGGCGCGCGACUAUAGAAGAGAGCGAAAAGACGAGCGCGCAUUCUUAUGUAGAACAAAAUACAGACGAUAAUGCUACGCCGCUCUCAUUAUCCUAGGCGUACAUAUUCGCUGACUUGCAGGGCAGUUCAUUGACUCAGUGGUUAAAUUAUAUCUUUAACUCUUGAUCUUUAGAUAGGAAAGGAACGUAGUAUACUAUUAUGUCGCAAGCAGGGCACAAUAUUACAUCAGCCAUUGCGUUAUAAUGCACAUGAUGUGCUGAAUCUGUGAAGUCUCAUACUACUCUCUCUCUCCACCUGUUGGAGACAUCCCAGUAAUUUAUUUUAUGUACUCGUUUUCACUUGGCUAGUAAUACAGACAUAAAUUCCUGAGCACUUGAAGCAAUCAGUUUUCUGUUUUAUUUCGGCAGCAUACUUCCAUAACAGCAAAAGAUUUCAUGGUAUUCGUUGUUUUAGUGUUGAUGGAACAGUUGAGUGUAUUUAACUAACUGACGUUGUUCCAGAUCUUUUCUACACUGUCGUGUCACAGUAGCAGCCGUUGUUCCUACAAUCAUCAGUCAUGAAUAUGUAUAAAAUGUCUAGUUUGUAAAUAUUUCU